AUGGCCUCGAUAGCGACAGGCCUCUCGCAGGCUCUCCCAAAGCCCAAAUACAGCGCCGGCGAAGAGCAGCGAGCUCAACAACGGGGACCCCGAAUUGUGGCUGCUGGCCAAAUCGACGAGACCCAGAUCGUAUUGAAGAGAGUCGGACCACCCCCGUACCUCCAGCGAGCCGGCUGGCGCCCGCGCACGCCCGAGGACUUUGGCGAUGGCGGCGCGUUCCCCGAGAUCCCUGUGGCACAAUACCCGUGGGGUAAAAACAACGCCGCUUCCAAGUCAAACGCGCUAAUUGUGCAGGUCGAUGCCGAGGGAAAGGUAGACUACAGCGCCAUCGCGCGACAAGGACACAGCAGCGACCGUAUCAUUCACGCGUCGUUCAAAGACUUGAUCCCACUGCGGCAGCGUGCCGAGGCCGGUGACCUCGACCUGUCGCGCCCCAGCCAGGAGGAAGUGGCGGCAACGGCGGAAAGGACCAAGAAUGCUCUUGCCGCGCUGGUCAGCGGCGCCGUGGCCGCUCAGAAACCCAAGAACGUCAAUGUGGGGGGGAGAAGAGAGCCGACAUUUGUCAAGUACACACCCUCGGCGCAGAUGGGCGAUAAUUCGAAGAAGCAGGAGAGAAUUAUGAAGAUUGUGGAACGGCAAAGGGAUCCAAUGGAGCCGCCAAAAUUCAAGCACAAGAAGAUUCCACGAGGACCACCGACUCCUCCGCCACCAGUGAUGCACUCACCCCCUCGGAAACUCACCGCAGAGGAUCAGGAAGCGUGGCGCAUCCCACCUGCCGUGUCCCUCUGGAAGAAUUCAAAGGGCUACACGAUUCCCUUGGACAAGAGGCUAGCAGCCGACGGGCGCAGUCUACAAGAUGUCCAGAUCAACGACAAAUUUGCUCAAUUCUCAGAAGCUCUCUUCAUGGCUGACAGACACGCCAGAGAAGAGGUUCGGCAGCGAGCCAUGAUGCAGCAGAGGCUAGCAGAGAAGGAGCGGGCGCAGAAAGAGGAGCACCUCCGCCAGUUGGCGCAACAGGCACGCGCGGAAAGGGCGGGCCGCGGCAGAAGGCGAUCAGCGUCGGGCUCGCCGUCCCGGUCCCGGUCUCGCUCCUACAGCGGCUCCGAGUCUGGCUCGGAGACGGACGAUUCGGAGCGCGAGCGGAGAAGGGCUCGCAGAGAGAGGCUCCGCGAGGAAGAGCGGAAACUGCGCCAGUCCCGCAUGGGCGCGGAGCGGCGGGCGCAGGUGCUCGCGAAGGAGAUGGACCGCGACAUCUCGGAGAAGAUUGCCCUCGGGCUGGCCAAACCGACGCAGUCGGCCGAGAGUAUGUACGACUCGCGGCUGUUUAAUCAGUCCAGCGGAUUUGCCAGCGGGUUCAACGAGGAUAAUCCUUAUGACAAGCCCCUGUUUGCCGCCCAAGAUGCCAUCAGCAGCAUCUACAGGCCCAGGGCCAAUCUCGAGGACGACGAUGAGGCCGCGGGCGACCAGGAGAUGGCGCGCAUUCAGAAGGGCAACAGGUUCGGGGAGGCACUGGGCAGAGGGACGUUCAAGGGGGCCGGGGAGGCUGAAGCAAGGGAGGGACCCGUGCAGUUUGAGAAGGACACGACGGACCCGUUCAAUGUAGACAAAUUCUUGUCCGAGGUCGCGCAGGGCACGACGUCUUCUAAGCGGGGCUAUGGUUUGAACGAGGAAGAUUCCCGGCAGACCAAGAGGAGCCGGGUAGACGAUGACGAUGAGUGA